GACGAAGCUAAGACCUGUACCUGCUAUCCUCAGCUGGCUCUCCAGCCUACACCGAUCCUACAACUGAACACCCCUUUACCCCUGAUACACCAACUCGGCAGGAAAUCGAGCUCCCCCAACAGCGUCAUCCCUCAAGAGCGCCAGCAACAAACAGCGCAAGGGAGAGUCAAAAGGAACGAACGAAGGCUCGAAGAGAAGGAAGAUGUCAGAGGUCCAAGAGGAAGAUCUGAGGAGGCUGGCUUUGGUCGUCGAAGCGGAUACUGUGGCCGAGGCCGCGAUCGGGGUCGGGGUCGGGGUCGGGGUUGAAGAGCUGGAUAAGAUGGGCGAUAUGGGUGAAAUGGGUGAACUCGAGGUCGUCGAGAUCGUCGAGGAUGAGCAGAAUGAGCAGGAUGAGCAGGUUGAGCAAGGUAUCGACCAGCAAGCACAACAGCCACGACAAGCUAGACGGAACGUUUACCCACAAGCGGAAACAGGAUCGGAAUUGGAAUCGGGGCUGGGAAAUGUGGACGUUCUACGAGUAGACCAGGAACAGGGUGGGAAUGAUAACGAGAACAACGAAGACGACCUGAAUCCGAACCCGAUAUCUCAGAUUCCUCAAUCCGAUCUCGAUCUCGUCUCCCUCGACCACAACCACAAUGACAACGACCUCAACCUCGACUCGACGACCGCCAACAACAACAACGACAACAACGACGCCAACGUCAACGCCCUGAUAACCCUCUCCUCACUCGCCAGCUUGGGGUCUUUACCGCCCGUACCGAACCUAGCUGUCACCUCCAAUCUGGGUGUAGGAGGAGAGAUGACCACGAUCACACCCGAAGCCUCUGCAUCUGGGUCGAGGACGGGCAUGGGAAUGGGGAUGUCACCGGGGAUGAACAUCUUACUCGGUCUACGAGCGCAGGGUCUGCAGGAGGGGUACUUGACUUACCAGAACCAAGAUCACGAUCAAAGUCAGAGUCAGAAUGAGAAUGAGGGAUAUCUUCCUGGUAUGACCGAGCAGGGGAAGAGGUCGAGGUCGAGGUCGAUAGUAGGAGCGAUUGCAGGAGCAGGAACAGGAUCUAUGACAGGAGCCGCAGCGGGCUCAAGCAAGUCCGACGGCGACGGGCUCGCCCAUGGGAGUGGGAACAAGAGGGGCAGGAAGCGAAAGGCGGUCACCAUCAACGAGGCUGAUGCUGGAGCUGUGGCUGGGGUCCAAGAGGAAGGUACCACCGGAGCCGCUGCCAGUGGGAUGGGGUCCGGUGGGGAUGAGGCCGAGGGGACGGAUGAACAGGGUCAGGAUCAGGAUCAAGAUCACGGAGGGGGCCGGGAUGGAAAGUCAGUACCGCCCAUUUCACCUCGUCUCGUUGUUGUUAAUUCCUAGAGAUCGCUGUUCCCGCGCCGACCGGUGGAAACCCAAGCUGACCUCGUCCAACACACGUCUCAUCUCCCUGGUUUGCCGCUUUCACAUCGACCCACGAUUUCCUCGCUCUGCUCCUGCCAGACGAUCGAAACGCGCCGAACAGAAUCGCAAAGCCCAACAAGCUUUCCGGAAGCGUCGAGAAGAAAAGAUGAAGGAGCUCGAGGAAAAGGCGAGGGAGAUGGAGAGGUUGCAUUCGGCUAUCGAUGGCGGGUUGAGGAGGGUCAGGGAGGUCGAGCUGGAAAACUACGAGUUGAAGAUGGAGAACCAGUUCCUGAGGAGCGUCGUCCACUCGCUCUCCAGGUUGGCUACAGGAGCU